UAUUAAUUGAGUUCAUUGAUUUAGGUUCUUUUUUUGGUGAUUGGGAGUUUGCUCGUUGCUGAGGUUUUUAUAUCAACUUGUGACUUUUGUCGGGGAUGGGUUCUGUUGGGCCGAGAGCCUCGAAGGAGGAGUUUAUGCAGGCUUUGGGGUUGAAUUCGCAAGAUCCGCAACACGAGCAGAUAUACAGGGCUAUGAGGGAUGAAGCGAUUGCUGUUUAUAAUCGCCUUAACGAAGAUACUUCGCAUCUGCUUGAGAGUGUAGCGAAUGACCCGUUAACACGGCCGCCUUUCUUCUGGCAUCAUAUUCGUCCGGAGCGUCAACGGUGGGGGAUUAUCGAGAUCUCGCAGAAUGCUGGGCUUUUAACUCGUCCGUUUUUCGCUCGUGGUGCCAUUACCGGAGAGUACGGUCCGAAUUGGGUGGCUGGGUGGCUGCUGUAUAGUGUGUUUCGGUCGAGGGAUGUUCGGAAUAAUCGCAAUCGGCGAAAGGGGGAUGAUCAUGGACAAGGCUCGAAGACGAAGAAACAAGAAGAGGAUGCGCCGCCGAAGAAGUAUUAUGAUCCGGUGAGGAAUGGGUAGACAGGGGAGGCUGCGGGGGAUAUGACGGCUUUAUCACUCUCGAGUUCUAAAAUGCGCAUGUUACACCACUUUUAAUCAUCUUCCUCGUCUUCUUUCGAUCGACUCGAUCCGUUCUUUUGAGC